AUGACCUUCUCGUCGCGAAGAAGGGAAAGUUGGCUGAGCUUUAAACUCUCGAACAGGUUGUUCUUCUGCGGUGCUCCGGGAGCCGAUUGGCGUUAUAAUCACAACUCCAAUAAGUGCAAUGCUAUGUGCUUUCAUUCAUUCUUAAUAGGCAGUGGAAGUUUCCCACGGCAAUGCUCGCAAGGCUGGAGCACCUUCGCCGCUGGUUACACAAUUGUAGUAAAACCAGCUGAGGUCACGGUACUUAGCGCCCUCGCUCUAGCACAGGCAGCUGAGGAGGCAGGAGUCCCUCCAGGAGGCAGUUUAAUGUCAUCACUGCUGGUCCCAGAAAACAGCAGAAAUCUCGAAGCACAUCUGCGAAGGCACCAACUUGGACGUAAUCAGCGUAGUCACAGGAAGCAGUGCCGUGGAAAAGGUCCGAGCCAAGCCAGUGAAUUUCUGCUCCUCCUCGCCCUUACUUUCGAGGAAAUCUGCACAGCGCAGAAGACCGAUGAAGGUUGA